AUGAAAUCCGUGAAUGAAGGCUCCGCCACUUUUGACCAACUCUUGUCUGUCAAGCAAGUGGAGGGAAUGAUCGCUGAUGGACACACAAUCGUUAUCUUGGAUCAGAAGGUCCUUAAGCUCGAUGCGUGGAUGAAGUAUCAUCCCGGGGGCCAUAAGCCAAUCCAACAUAUGGUCGGCAGGGAUGCCACCGACGAAGUCUCCGUAUUUCACUCAAAAGAAACACGAAACCAAAUGGCCCGAUUUCAAAUUGGGAGAAUUGAUAAACGCUGGGAGAACUUCGUUCCCCCUAUUCAAGGAGGACAGUUUCGACAUCGUGUGGGAUUAGAUGCUAAGGAACAGACUGAAGCAGCCGUGAGCCCUGUGUCGCUGUGUAUCCUUGCCGAGAAGGAGGCCAAACACCGAGGCUACGUGUACCCCACCUUGCAAGCAACCGCAGGCUCAGGCAGCCAGGAUGGACUCGCCUUUCUUGAUAACCUGUCAAAGGAGGAGAUUGUGCUUACGACCGACAAGUACCCUGCACUGGAUAAGGACAUUCAGCAUGACAUUACCGAGAAAUAUCGUCAUCUCCACAGCCAAAUCCAGGACGAGGGAUUAUACGACUGCAGUUAUACCGCUUAUGCCUGGGAGUUGGCGCGUUGCUUAUUACUUUUUGGACUUAUGCUAUUCUUCCUUCAAGCUGGACAUUACUGCAUCAGUGCCAUCUGGCUCGGCUGGUUUUGGUCGCAGCUGGUUUUCGCUGCCCACGAUGCCGGUCAUAUGGCCAUCACACAAAGCUUUACAAUUGAUACUAUAAUUGGCAUGAUUAUCGCUGCCCCAAUUGGUGGUCUUUCACUUGGUUGGUGGAAGCGUACCCAUAAUGUCCACCAUAUUGUCACCAAUGCUCCGGAACAUGACCCUGAUAACCAGCACUUGCCAUUCUUUGCCGUGAAUCACCGCUUCCUUGGUAGUCUAUUUUCAACCUACCAUGAGCGCUUCAUGUCUUAUGAUGCCGUGGGCCAAUUCUUAGUCCCCUAUCAAGCCUACCUCUACUACCCAGUUUUGAUGUUCGGUCGCUUUAACCUGUAUGUCCAGUCAUGGAUCUUUCUCAUCCAGGGGCAAGGUCCACGGAAGGGCGCUGCCUGGUGGCAUCGGUGGUUUGAGAUUGCGGGCAACCUGGUUUUCUGGUAUUGGUUCGGGUACCUUGUCGUCUGCAAAUCCAUCCCUACAUACUGGGACCGAUUUGCCUUUGUUAUGGUUAGCCACAUGGUUACUAUGCCGCUGCAUGUGCAGUUCACAUUAUCCCACUUCGCCAUGUCCACUGCCGAUCUUGGCCCCACCGAGUCGUUUCCGCAAAAGAUGCUGCGCACUACCAUGGACGUUGACUGUCCUGAGUGGCUUGACUUUUUCCAUGGUGGUCUUCAAUUCCAGGCCAUUCACCAUUUGUUCCCGAGGAUCCCGCGGCACAAUUUACGGAGAACCCAGAAGCUGGUGCUACAAUUCUGCAAAGAGGCCGGUAUUCCUUAUGCACUCUAUGGGUUCGUGGGCGGUAAUAAGAAGGUCGUAGGAAGCUUGGCCGAGGUGGGUCGACAGGCGGCUAUUCUAGCUAAUUGCCAGCAAUCUAUCGCCCAAAGGGGAGAUCUCAUCUACGGGCACUGAUUCCAUUCCUGUGACUGUCGAGGAGUAUUUCCUCAGGAAUCCUUCAUCAGACAGGCCCCUCAGCCUCAAAUAAUCCAUGGUCUGGUUUCUCGCUAUCAAAAGUGCAGAUAUAACUGAUGUGGGAAAAAAGUAAAGAUAAACAAGGAGAAUGGUGGCCUCAUCAUGUGUACACG